UUGGUUAUUAGAGGCAAUGAAGUUACAACUGGAGAGCGAAACUCUAGUCGAUUCCAUCGAAGGGACUGGUGACAUUUCUGGGGAACUUCCUGCAACAGAACCUGGGUGUUCUGCUCCCUCGGACGUACUUCAAAGGAGCUUCGGCGCUUGCCACCUGUAUAGUUUGCCUCCUUGUUUAGUGAAGGACUUGUUGUACCGAACUUUGACUGCGGAUAAAUCGUUCAAUCGUACGCAGAGCACAACUGACCGAAAUGGUGAUACUGCUGCUGCACCAUCCUCACAUUCGUCGCGCUUCAAGACUCGUCGUCUUCGGACGCGGCGCAAGCAAGAUGCAUUUCCACAUGAUCCACACGAAGAACGUCCAGAUGAUGGGACACCAAGUUCUUCAGCAGACACCCUCUUCCAACGCCAACUGAAUGGAUGUUUGGGACGUGUUCCACCCAAAUUUUACCAAUCCCUUUAUCUUAUUUUGGAACGAUCUCCUCAUGGUGUUCUCAUCUGGAACAAAUUACUACCGCAAGUCAGUUUUUUGGUUCUCUUUUUUGUUGUGAAUGUUCCGCUGAAUUCAUCACUUAGCUAUCCCCGCUGUUGA